ACGCUCAUGAUCCAUCUUCUUCAAUUCUACAAAUGCCAAAACUUUUCUCCUUCCUUGGUCCCCGCAACUAUGCAGAUUCGGGCCUUAAAGGACGUCCACGGGCCUCCCAGGAACUCGCCGACACCUACAGCCUGCAGCGCGAAUCCAAAGCCCCUGUCUGUCCCCACCCACAAGGACACCGAAACCGGCGAGGUGCAAGACGCCGGGGAGGCUGCUGCGUGUGGCUCGCUCUGCUGCCUUUUGUACUAGGAGACGGAGCGGCCUCCGUGGUGGGCCCGUCGCGUCCGGGCUCGCGCGUGGCGGGGCGCGCGGUUCGCGUGGGUAAACACUGCGGGGGUGGCGGCGGGAGAGAGGGGCCUGCAGGAGAGGCGACUCUGCCCCUCAGGGCCAAGAGGCUGCAAGGAAGACGCGGGCGAGGCCAGAACACACCCUUCCCGAACAACCGAGAGCGGCGGCCGGCCGGGGGUCCGGGACUCGGGGGUCCGGGGGUCCGAGGGGCCGGACAGCGCCGAGAUCGCGGUGCCCCCGCACCGCGUCCCGUCAGCGCCCUCCACCGACCCCUGGACCGCCAAGGGCUGCAGGCCCGACCCCCGGGCGCCGCCCGUCUGCGGCCCGCCUCGCCGCCGUCACCGCCCGCGCCCUCGGAAGAGCAUGGCGAGCAGGCUCUGGCCGGACGGCCGCCGCAGAAGGCCUGGAUUACCUGGGGGGCUGCUGGUGGCUGGGCAGCUUUCCGGGCGGGAGGGGGCGUCAGGACGAGGAAGAGCAGGGCGGACGCGGCGGGAGAAGCGGGGCUGAGGCAGGCGGCCGACGGCCCGGCAGGUAGGCGGGCUGGCCAGAAGAUGCAGACGCACGGACGGCAGUAGCCGUGGCAGCGGCGACUGCUCCUCAGGUUCCCUCAGGAUCUUCCUCGGGCUGGUCCAAGAUGGCGGCGCUCCCUGCACAGGGUUUCCUGUCACCCUCGCAGUGGGCCGGACCACAAAAGAAGGGGGGAGGAUGCGCGCGCAGCCGGCAAAGCCCGGAAGAGGGUGGCAGAGGCCAGCCUGCUAGCCACGCCCCUUUCCCCGGUCCUUCCCUGCGACUCGCUGCUCCGCCACCGAUCCCGCCCCACUGGCCCUAGAACCUGAAAGGGCGGGGGAGAGCGUUUAUGCGCAAGCGCAGUCGCGUGUCCUCGCCUGCCUGGGCAUUUACUGCGCAGGUUCGCAUGAAACCUGUGGAACUGCUACUGAGCCCGAUCUUGAAAACAAAGGUCCAAACGGAGCCUCCAUUCUGUAUUUGAAGAGCAGCCAAUGGCUGGAACCAGCUACCUCCCAGCAAAGCAUGGAAGGACCCACAUUGUUCAGGAAAUCAGCUCUUCCAUCACUUCCUAUCUCUAAUCUCUCCAAUUCAGUUCUGUUCCUAACCCUCUUCCCAGACUUGUACCAGUAUCAGGGACCUGGUCAAGAUCUUUCAUUGCCUGUACCAAGGGUCUGAUGAGAGGAUGAAACAAGAAACAGACAAAUUUAGUAGUACCUGAUGAAUGACUGAGAGGUUGCCUCCAGAUAAACCAAGAGAGCCACACUCCAAGAUAGCCAUUGUUUACUUGGUGUCACAGCGAUAGGCAGGAUUAGCAGAAGAUUCAAAGUCUGUGGAAGACUCAUAGGUCUAUGACUCAAUGAGCAAGUAUAAUCUUGGGAUGACUCAAGAGGGUGGAGAUGAUAUGCUAAGAGGGAUCUUGCACUGAAGUGUUUUUUAGGAAUUUAAUGAUUUUAGUUUUAGUCCUGGUGGGACAGGAUGGCCCACCCCUAAAGAGUUAAUGGGAAAUCUCAAUUGAAUAACACUAAGAAUCCCAAGCCUCCAUUUAUACGAAGUUAGCCAUUGUGGAUUUGUGGUCCCCAACACACUAUCACUGGUGAUCACUGGAAAUAAAAGCUGGAGAGACGGGAAGAAAGUUGUUCUGGAGGGGAGCCAUUUAUUUUUCCCUCUCUGCAUGGUAGCCUAUAUUCUUUUCUAGAGCCAAGGCAAAGGGACUCCAAGAGAAUUGCUAGUGAAGACUAAGUGUGCCUGUAGCUAGAGGGGACCGGCAGUGGUGAGAUACCUGUUUGGGCAGCAGAGGAACCCGUUGUUGCUAUGCAGGGGGAAAUACAGGUGGAAGGAGUGGGCGUGGCAGGGGUUUGGAAUGAAGCUCUAGUUGGAGAGAGGUGGGAACUACUCUCCUCUUCUCUCCUGGGUCCCAGGCAAGAAGACAGUAAGGAGGUGUUGUAAGAGGGCUGUGGUGUGAAUGCCAUGUCUGGAGGAAAUACAGCAGAUACCUGAAAACACAGCAGAUGCCUGAAAGGCCGCCCAUCCCAGGACUCACUCUUUGUUACAGCCACCUGGUCUUGUUUUACUUGCCUAUAUAUUUUUAUAAUUCUAUUAUAAAAAUAGAUGUUGCCAAAGGAUGAUGGCGCACGCUUGUAAUCCCAGCAUUUAGGAGGCUGAGGCAGGAGGAUUACUGUGAGUUUGAGGCUAACCUAGAUUACAAUUUGACUUCAAGGCCAGUCUGCACUUCAUAGUGAAACUUUGUCUCAAAAAGACACCUCCCCGCCCCCCGCCCCAGCAAAUCAGCUGGUGUUUCUCUCCCAAGCUUCAAUAUGUAGUAAUUUCCAGAUCUCGCUAUGUGCUUAUUUAAAUCAGAUUAACUCACCUCUAUAUUAUUAGUUUUAUAAGCUUAAUUUUAUUGGUUCAUUUUCCUCAUACAUUUUAAAAUUUUGUUUCAUAAGCUUGUCCUGGACUUCAGAUUUUUCCCCUUUCCUCAUCCCUUUUCGUCUAGUGACUUUAGAUCACCACCAAUCCAGAACCACAUAUUAAAAUAUCAGUGUUCCCCUCAAAAGAAAUCACCGGCAGUGUGAAAAGAAAAUCCACAGAAUAGGAAAAAAUUAUAGCCAACAAUCCCUCAGCAAUCCAGAACAUGUAAAGAAUUGAAAAACAUCAAGCCUCCCAAAUUCAAAGACUGUCUCCAAAAAUGGGCAUCUGAGAUGAACACACAGUUCUCAGAUGAAGAUAUAUAAAUGACAAAUAAAUACAUGAAAUGUUCACCAUCACUGGUCACUCGAGAAAUGCAAAUUAAAACAGCACUGAGAUUUCAUCUCACUCCAGAAAGAAUAGCUGCCACCAAAAAAAACAACUGACAAAUGUUGUUGAGGCUUUGGGGGUUUGGGGGGAAGGAAUACUGCUCCACUGUUAAUGGGAGUGUAUACUGGUGCAGCCACUGUGCAAAUCAGUAUGGAGAAUUCUCAGAAGACUAGGAUUGGAAGUUCCAUUCAACCCACGUAUUCCCCUCCUGGGUAUUUUCCCAGAAAACCUGAAAAGAUCAUGUCACAGUGAUAUAUGUGCACUUAUGUUCAUAGCAGCACAAUUUGUAAUAGCUAAAUUUUGGAAACAACCAAAAUGCCCAUCAACUGCAGAAUGGAUGAAAAAGAUGUGAUUUUUUAUACAAUGGAAUAUUACUCAGCUAUAAAAAAGAUGAUCUUGACACCUUUAUAGGUAAAUGGAGAUAAGGGAAAUGAAUAUGAAUCAUAUUUGUAAGUAUCACAUUGUCUCUCUAGUGUAAAAAGUAAUAAGAACUGUAGGAGUAAUAAAACCCAAAAUGUGUAAUUGCUAUUGUAAAAAAGAGAGGAAAAGAAAGUGCUCUAAAGGUAUAACUGCAUGUAUGUAUAAGUGUGUAAGAUAGAUGACCAUAUUACCAAGUUUUUGUUAGAUCAUUGAGCAGAACUGUCUGCAGUCUCAUUGUCUGAAUGUCCACUUUGUAUGCUUUAGUUUUGUAACUUGAACAAUUAUUGCUAAGAUGACAGUAUGUAAUUUAUCAACUAGUGAUUUCCUAGUGUUUUUUAAAAUUCUGUAUUGUUGCUACUCUUUUUUCUGUUUUGCUUUUUUUCUCUUUAAAUAAAUUUUUUUUUUAAA